UGGAAAAAAAUAGUAUUUUACGUGACGAUUUGUCACCAGUCGGGUUUUAUUUUUUUUGCGAUUAUUUAUUUUUUUUGUGACGCUGUUUAUUCCUCCGUCGCAAAAAAAUUUCCUUUUGCUUCCCGUGCCCUUCAUCUUUGCCUUGUCUUCCAUACCCUUUCAGUAUCCUCUUCUCAGAUCAACCAAAAAAAAGAAAAAAACUGUUUGCCUUCUCCCAGUCUCUUUCCAUCUCGGAGCCCCAACAGCUCCAGCCUGGGAAGAGUUCCAGUCUGUCUGUAGCGGCGGCGGCGAGAACAUAACAAACCCUUUGGCAUCCAGGUAUCUCUCCUCUGCUCUUCUCUCCUCUUUUUUUCUUCUUUUGCCUUCAUUGGAAUCAAACCCUCUUCAUUGGAACCCUAGAAAGUGGUGCAGAGAUUGGAGAUUGAGAGAGAGAGGAUUGGAAUUGUAGUUUAAAAUCUAUAUAAAACUUAAUAUUUGCAUAUUUAUGGCUUAAAUUUUAAGUACUGAGAGAUGAGCAUUAUCUAUUUCAAUACUUAAUUGAAUGUUCUUCUUACAAGAUGAUACACUUAUUCCUUUCAUACGUGCUUCCUAUAAUGAGUAUGACGUUGAGCUUCUUGUUGCUGCUUGCAAUCCAAGAUUUGGUGAUUACCAAUGGUAUUUCUCAUUUAUGGAAAUAUGUGAAUUGAAGUUUUGAGUUUGUCACCUGUAAAAUUUCUCAGGCUUUUAUAGCAAUGGAAACUCUUGUAUACUCUUUUUUGAAUUGUUAAAUUGUUGAUUUCUUUUGAGGCAGCAACAAUGCCAUGAGCUUAUGGACAAAAAUAAGAGGCAAAAUUGGUAAUGGGAAGAGGACUUUUCUCUGGUUUGACCAUUGACAUCCUUUGGGGCCUCUUCAUAGAAAGUUUGGGGAUAGGGUUAUAUAUGACUCUGGUAUUUAGGCUUAGGCUAAGGUUGAGUCUAUUGUCAAUGGUUUUACUUGGAGGUGGCCUAGUUGCCAGACCUGGGAGUUAGAUGACAUCAAGAGUAGUACACCUGAGCAUUUGAGACCUAGUUUGAGUGAGGACUUGAUUGUUUGGCAACCUUUUGCUAAUGGUGUAUUCUCUAUAAAGUCAGCUUGGAAUGAAUGGAGGCCUAAGGGUCCCAAGGUUAAUUGGUCUACUCUGCUGUGGUUAAGUGUCAUAUUCCCAGAGUUAGCACUGUGAGUUGGCUUGCUUUCCAGAAUAUACUUAGCACCUUGGAUAGGAUGAUUAUGUUUGGUAUUAGUGUAUCUGCUACAUGUGUGUUGUGUGAGGAGCAAAAUAAGGACCACAAUCACCUAUUUUUUGGCUGCUUUUUCUCUCAAAGAAUUUGGCAGUCUUUGCAGGUGAAAUGCAAUAUGCAGUGGCCUCAUCUUCUUUUGAGCAACUUAAUUGAUUGGUUUUCUACUCAUACACGUGGUAAGUCUUUGUCCACUACCAUUUACAAACUUGUGCUUACCUGCUCCAUCUAUUGUAUUUGGCAUGAAAGAAAUUGCACAAUUUUCCAAUCAAAAAAGUCUAAUGAGAACUCUGUGCUGAGUAGGAUUAAAAAUCUGAUCAGACAUAGAUUGUUGUCUGCGAGCAAGUUUAAAGCUGAUCAGGCUAAUGAUUGGCAUAUAAAGGAGUGGUCACUUUCCCCUUCUAUUGUUCAAUCAAAUGGCUAAUGUUCUGUUUACAAGUACACUGAAGCUAGCUAAUGUUUUUUUUUUUUUUUUUGUUGGAUUCGUUAGCUAACUGUGGCAGGUUUGGCCGGUCUAAAAUAGGUUAGUGAGUGACAUAGUGAGUUUCUUUGAGGGUUGAGUAUGUGAGCCCUCAAAUUUCUUUCUGCAGGUCCUAAGCUGGCUCUUUGUUAGGGAUGUGUGUUGAGUGUUAGUGAGCUAAAAGUUAGGGGAGCUUGUGUGUUUACUCUAUAUUGAGGGUUGAGUGAUAUGAGUUUGCAUAUUUGUUAUCUUUGUUUGCAGCAGGGUAGUCUGCUGAGAGUUGGUGGGCUGAGUGACAGAGCUUACUUUUGAGUGGUUGUUGAAUAUUCCACUGUGGUGUUGAUCUCUUGGCGUUUCAGGAUCUCUUCAUGGAGGUAGUUGGCAAGUCAUCCAUUUCUGUGGAAUUCUUUAAGUUGCUAUAGCUGGGUGCUCAUUUUUAUGUCUCUGGCUACCCUUCAUGGCUCUUAGUGGCGCUGCUGCUGUCAGUGUGUUGUUCAGAGUUUCUUGUUGUGGUGCAUGGUGAGAGUCUUCUGUAGUGGUGCAUGGCAGUGUGCCUGCGGUCUGUGUUGUUGUUCCUGUGGCUGUCUCUUGUUGCUGGUAUUCAAGCUGGUUCUCUUUGUUUGCUGCAGUGCUGGGUUUGGUAGCUUUCUGAUUCAGUGAGCUGCUGUUAUGGUAGUAUGCUGCAACUGGUUUGGCAGAUCUUGGUUUGCUCAGGUAGUUGCAGCUGCUUCAAAGGGCUGCUGAUUCCAGUCUCUACGUUUCCAGAAUAUGCUACCUUGUGUGGCUGUUAUGCUGCGUUUGCUGUUUUCUGGUUUUUUCUGUUUGGGUUCUGCUCUCUCUUGUGGGCUGUACCUGGUGUCUUUAUUUUUAUGGGUUAUAGUCUGGUUUAUUUUUUAUUUUUUCUCUUUCUGUUCUUUUGGUCGUUAUGUUUGAUCUUUUUUGUGGUGGUCGUUUAGGUUUUGGUUUUAGCAGUUUGUUGGUAGUUUGUUUUUUUUGCUCUGCUGGGUGUUUUGUCUGUUUCUAUUAGGGCCUGGGGAAUUCCCCUUGUAUUUGUGUAAUCUUUUGUCUUUUAUUUUGUGACUUAUUCACCCAAAAAAAUGGAUAGGAAAGGUAUUGAUAAUUUUUUAUAGCAAUGGAUAGCAAUAUAAAAUCAUGGGCUAUCUUGGUUUGGUGUGAAAAUCUUGUUUACUAAAAUACAUUGUUGCCACUGCAUAGCAGCCAAGAGAUGCUAAUAAACGGUAUUGAAACAUGGUCGCCGAAACUUACAGUCAAACGGGCAGUGGUUGACUUUCCUCACCCAACAUUGCUAAAGAAAUGCAUGUCGGCCACUUGCGAUCUACAAUUAUUGAAGACACUCUAGCCUGCAUGCUAGAGUUUUCAAAUGUUGAGGUUUUUCGGAGAUACCAUGUUGGUGACUGGGGUACACAGUUUGGUAUGCUAAUUGAAUUUCUGUUCGAAAAAUUUCCAAACGUGGUGGUUGUCAAUGAUCAAGCUAUCGGAGAUCUCAAGGCAUUCUAUAAGGCAUCAAAGCAAAGAUUUGACAGUGAUCUUGAAUUCAAGGAGAGGGCACAACAAGCGGUGGUCAGUCUCCGGGGUGGGGAAGAGAAGUAUUGGAAGGCAUGGGUACAAAUCUGUGAAAUCAACCGAAGGGGAUAUCAAAGAGUUUAUCAACGUCUAGGAAUUAAGAUAGAGGAGAAGGAUCUACCAUAUUACAAAAUCGUGGGACUUACCAUGACACAUGGGAAACACAUAGGAGUUCACGUAUACCAAUAGUCCAAUUGGCGGAGGGACUUCUUAUCAGUGAUGAUCCAUUGUGUGAAAUUGAUGGAGUUCCAAUUGGCCUUGAAUAUUGCACUGUCUUUGUCUUAAAAGCGAAAAAGCCGAACGCUCUUUUGGAAACAAUAUCCCGAGGUCUAAGAAUAGUUGGAGAAGCUGUUGGAAGAUACAUUGUGUGGCGCUUGAUUCAUGUAUAUGUUACAUUUUUUUUUUGUAUUUAUUUAUUUAUUGAAAUAAAUAUAAAAUGUUUUACAUUUUCUGUAAGCUUGAAAUUAAUCAUAUUGUAAAUGUUUUUUUUUUUUUUGGUUUUCUUU